AUUCUUUGCUCCGCUUUAUGUCAUUCGUGCUCUGUGAUCGCAGUGUCGUUUCAUUGAAAGAUGGAUGGUGUAAACGAGGAAAUUUGGAAAAAUUGGGAAAAAGGUGGCAAGAACGAAUUUACCAAACUUUGUGUGCAAUUAGUCAAAGAUGAUACACGAAGUCCUCUAUUUGAUAAAAAUGGGAAGCUCACUGAAAUUACUUCCUACAUAAAUAUUUUGAUUGAGAAAGGUCUCCAAGGGACCAUUAGAAAAGAAUCUGUUGUUGGUGUUUUACAAGAAUUAGUGGUUCUUCACAGUGACAUUCCUUCUAUUAUAUUAGAUGUUUUAAAUAUUGCUGAUGCAUCGUCAGCUCAAAUAGAUAAUGCAUCUGAGGAAUCCAAGGAAAGAAACAUUUUUUGUUUCAUUAUUAAAGAAUGUGAAAAGUUUGUGUCAGAUAAAUUAUUGAAAGAACGAUUGGAAAUUGAUACACUUCAAGAAGUUGGUAUUUUAAAAAAUAGGGCAUUCUAUUCAAAGUUCAUAAAAGUUAAAACGAAGUUAUACUACAAGCAGAAAAAAUUCAAUCUUUUUCGUGAGGAAUGUGAGGGUUUUUCUAAGCUUAUCACAGAGUUGAAUCAAGAAUUCAAUGAAAAUACAAAUAAUGAAAGAAUUUUGGGAAUUGUUCAAUCUCUCAUCGGUUGUUUCAAUUUGGAUCCUAACAGGGUGUUAGACAUCAUUUUGGAAAGCUUCGAAAAUAAACCAGACGAUGCGCAUUUAUUCAUUCCUCUUGUAAAAUCUUAUAUGAGUGAUCCAAAAAUCAUUAGUGAAGUUCUAGGAUCCAAAUAUAGCUUUUUAAGAAAUACUGAAAAUGGCGCACCGAAAAGUCUGCAUAUCCUUACAGCCCAGUUAUUACAAAACUCUAUCAUAUCUUUGGAUGACAUUUACCCCUGGUUAACUCCAGACGAUAAAAUCAUGCAGAAGGAAUGUGAAAAGAACAUGAAGGAAGCCAAAGAAUAUUUCAGAAAAUUACAGGUGAUAUCAGUUAAUAAGACAGAUAAAGAAGAAACGCCAGAAGAACCAGAAAAUCCUAUCGAAAAAUAUAAAUGGAACCAAAAACUUGGUUUGUGUGAAGCGUUACUAUUGAUAGGGGACUGGGAGAACGCCAAAAUUUUGAUAAAUCAUCUACCCGAACAUUAUGCCGUUGGUUUCGAACCUAUCGCUCUGGCUUUGUGUAACUUGCUGCAUUAUGUCAUUGAACCCGUCUACAGAGAGAACUUCAAGUUAGGUACGAAAUUCAAAGGAAAACCGAUUCCCCCGCAUAAAAAUCCCAAAGCUCCGAAAGCAGCUCAAACUUUCGAAGAUCUUCGUCAGAAUGCUUUUCCGAUGCUGUUGACUUUGGCACCUUCUUUGCGUUAUGACACCGUUCUCAUGUGCAAGGUGAUCCGUUUAGCCAAAUUGAUAUUGGGUUCUUACGGCGUCGAAAACGCCAAGAGUGAAGUUCCGGAAGAUAAAAUGCUCUACUUCGACAUUCUAACCUUGUUAGACAUAACGAUCCUGCCUUCGUUAUCGUAUCUGGACUGCAACUGUUGUAUUGCUGAAGAAAUAUGGACCCUGCUGAAACUAUACCCCUACCAGAUAAGGUACUGCCUAUACAACAGAUGGAAAAACGACACUUACAUGAUCUACCCAGAUUUGUUGAGAAAACGUGGAGAUUCCGAGAAACAAAUCAAGAAUAUAAUGAAAAGGGUGAGCAAAGAAAAUGUUAAGCCGGUCGGAAGAUCCAUUGGGAAACUCACCCAUUGUUCACCGGGGUUCCUGUUCGAUUACGUACUCUUACAAAUCCAAGUGUACAACAAUCUCAUCCAUCCGGUGGUGGAUUCUUUGAAAUAUCUAACGAGUCUGUCUUACGAUGUAUUGGGCUAUUGCUUAAUCGAAUGCCUGGCCAACGCCGAUAAGAAGAGAGUUAAACACGACAGCACCUCGAUAUCGACUUGGCUCCAGAGUUUGUCCAGCUUUUGUGGCGCCAUUUACAAAAAGUACAAUAUUGAGCUAUCUGGGUUGUUGCAGUACGUGGCCAAUCAGCUCAAGGCUCAGAAAAGCUUGGAUUUACUCAUACUGAAAGAAGUUGUACAAAAGAUGGCGGGCAUAGAGUCUGCCGAAGAUCUUACUAUCGAUCAAUUGAGCGCGAUGGCUGGUGGGGAGUUACUAAGGGCUGAGGCUGGUUACUUUGGCCAAGUGAGGAACACAAAAAAAUCAUCCUUACGUCUCAAGGAGGCCAUGGCCGAUCAAAACUUGGCCGUUUCCCUCUGCCUACUGAUGGCCCAACAGAAAUACUGCGUAGUUUACAAGGAAACGCAGCAGAGUCAUUUGAAGUUGGUCGGGAAGCUUUCCGAUCAGUGCCAGGACACGCUGGUGCAGUUUGGCAACUUCCUAGGCUCGACGAUGUCUGUCGACGAAUACGUCAAUAAAUUGCCCAGCAUCCAGAGUAUGCUGCUCAAUUACCAUAUCCCGAAUGAGGUGGCCUUCUUCCUGGCCAGACCUAUGUUCAAUCAUGAAAUCAAUAUAAAAUACGAUCAACUCCGAAAGGCCGACACGAAUUACAAGAAGCUCUCCACGAGCGUGAAACAUCAGAAAUAUUUCGAAGCCGUGACGGAAGUGAUGCAGCCCGUUCACAAAUCCCUGAUUCCUCUUCACCCCAUGAAAAUAUGGGAAGACAUCUCCCCGCAGUUCCUGGCCACCUUCUGGUCGUUAACGAUGUACGAUCUGUGCAUCCCGGAGGAUACUUACACGGAGGUGAUAAACAAGCUGAAACAGCAGAGCCUGUCCGUUCUCGAUUCUAACAGCAACAAGGGUAAGAAGGAACAAGAGAGACACGCCACCCUGAUCGAGAAGCUUCAGGACGAGAAGAAGAAGCAGUCGGAACAUGUGGAUAAAGUUAUGUACAGGCUGAAGCAGGAGAAAGACCACUGGUUCGUCUCGAAAACUGCCAAAACUGCGAAGAACGAGACCAUCACCAGGUUUCUUCAGUUGUGUCUGUUCCCCAGGUGUACGUUCACAGCCAUAGACGCGCUUUAUUGCGCGAAGUUCGUCCACGUCAUUCAUAUGCUGAAAACUCCGAAUUUCUCCACCCUUCUUUGCUACGACAGACUUUUCUGUGAUAUAACCUACUCCGUCACUUCGUGCACUGAGAAUGAAGCGAUGAGGUACGGUAGAUUUUUAUAUGCGAUGCUGGAAACUGUGAUGCGUUGGCACAGGUCGAAAGACGUAUUCGAGAAGGAGUGCGCUAAUUAUCCAGGCUUCGUGACUAAAUUCAGGGUCAGUAAUCAACAUGCGGACAACAUGGAUAAUGUGGGUUACGAGAACUACAGGCACGUCUGCCACAAGUGGCAUUAUAAGCUGGCGAAGGCGAUGGUGACCUGUCUGGAAUCCAAGGAUUACAUACAAAUCAGGAACGCCCUGAUCAUCCUGAUCAAGAUAAUAAACUAUUUUCCCGUUUUGAUUAAAUUGAGUCAGUUCGUCGAGAAGAGGAUCGAGAAGGUUAGGGACGAGGAGAAAAACAAUAGGCAGGACUUGUUCACACUGUCGAGCAGUUAUUUGGCGCUGUUGAAACAGAGGAUAGCCAGUGGGAACAUGGUUAAAGAGGGAGAUUUUCAUAUCAUCAUUGAAAAGGUUUCCAAAACACAGCACGAUCAAAAAACGUCAAAUUCAAGUACAAAACACAAUGGAGACUCCAAAGAUGAGAAGGAAAAGGUUGAGAAGAAGUCCAGUAAACAGGUCGAUGAAGUCAAAACGGUGGUGAAAACCCAGAGUCCCGAACAGAAUGGUUCGAAAGAAAAAGUGGAAAAAACAUACAAAGAAGAAACGAGAGAAAAACAUAGGAAAGAAGAUAAACCGAGAGACGAUGCGGACAAAGAAAGGGAGAGGGAAAAACGAAGAGAAAGGAAAGAAGAGAAACUUCUGAAGCAAGAAGAAUGGCAAUAUAGAGAGGAAAGAGAAAGAUAUCAAGACGCAGGUCCCAAAGAUGAAACAAGAUAUUCCAAUGAAAGAUCGGUAGAACGCUAUUACGACGACAGAGGAGCCCCCCAUUAUUAUAGAGAUGUCAGGGAUGAUAGAGAUUUGGCUGUUGGAAGUAACGGAUCAGCAAGCAUGGGACGACAUUCUCAGGAAACUGAUCCUGACAGAGAAGCUAAAAGGAGAAAAUUGGAUGGAUCUUCCAAGUUGCAAGAGCGGCAGCAGAUCGAAGUAGAGGCUGCCGCCAUCCUCAAGCCACGCCCAACGGCAUCUAAUGUCAAACUACCGAUUGUGUGUCUACAGAGCUCGAAGCACGAAGACAGGUCCAAGGUCCAGCAUCAGCAACAGUUCGAUUAUGUCGGCGAAAAGGUCGAGAAGAAGGAAAGGACGGUGAAGGUAAAAGAGAAAAGGGAUAAAUUAACUGAGGAAGAACGGGAAUUGAGAAAAGAGAGGAAACUGGGCAGGAAGAGGGAUCGUGGGGACGAAGCCCAACAGCAAGCCGAAAUCAAACGAAGAAGAGACGAAGAAAGAGCCAAAAUUCUACCUCAUCCAAAUGGAGAACUGAUGGAACCUUCACAACAUUCGAGAGAAAAACACCAUAGAUCAACAAGAGAGCUGUCCCCAUAUUCGAGAGAAAGAUCUCAUGAUAGAGUUGAAGUUAGGGACAAACACAGAAGAAGUGCUGAAAACAAGAGGAGGUAACUGAGAGCGGUUCUGAACCAGGAUAAAUUUUUUUUUUACAAAAUAAUUGAUAAGUGAAUGAAUGUAUUCUCCUUCUGUUCAUUAAAAUGUAAGAUCAAUAUUAUUUGUUUUUUAAUUGUUAAGUAUGAAGAUGAAAUUAAAAACUUCUCUAAAGAC